AGUGCUCCAAGAGACAUGGCUGACAAUAAUCCAGACACUAACCCUAAUGACAGAGUCACUAGAUCUGGUCAUGCUCCAAACAUUUUUAUCUCAAAUGCUGGCUUUUACACUGACAUCAAUAACAAUAUUAUAGGCCCUUCCGCAAGUACUUACAAUCAAGUCACCUCUGAUGAAACUCACGAACCACCAGAUACUAAGAGUAUUCCAAGCUGUACUUCCGAGAGUGCUUGCAAUGCUUUCAUCUCUGAAAAUGUUCAUACCCCCUCCUCGAGUAAUGAUGGCCUCAGACCUUCUGAUGCUGUCAGCGUUUCUGAAAGCAGUCACGGAGAGACAGAGGCUAACAUGGGAGCUGGAGAGGAUAAGCAGAUAUUAGGUGAAAACCAAAAGAAGACUCUGUCGUCAAAUGCGUCACUGAAAGAACAUAAUACAGAAUACGGAACAAAGCAAUGUUAUUUCAACAUUGAAAAACUUGUGGUUUCUAAUAUUCAAACACGAUCUGCUACUGUUUCAUGGAAUCUGAACACCACUGAAAAAUAUGAUAUUAAUUCUCCUAUGUCAUUUGAAUUGGCACUGUCCAGCAGUGGUAAAAAUGGAAUCUAUAAAAAUAUAUAUACUGGUGAUGGUGUUACUGUGCUCCUACGUGAUCUACAACCUUGCAUGGUCUACUUUUUAAGAGUUACAACCAUAAGAGAUGAAGAGCACAGAAGUGUGUCUGAAGUGGUUAGAUUCACAACACCAGGCUGUGAACCAGACCCUCCUCUUGCACCCACAUUGAUUAGCAGAACCAAGAACACCCUGAAUUUACAAUGGAAAGGUCCCAAUGAUAAUGGAUCCAAAAUAAGCAGCUUUCUUUUGGAAUGGGAUGAGGGUAAAGGAGAAGACUUCAAAAGUUGUUACACUGGGUCCCUGAAACAGCUCCAACUCUUUAAACUGAGCCCUUCGACGAAGUAUUCGUUCAGACUAGCUGCCAAAAAUCACUUUGGCUGCAGUAAUUUCAGUGAAACAGCAGUCUUCUAUACAUCUGGAAACACACCUCCAGCCCCACUACCGCCUAAAUUGAAAGAAGCAGGUGUCAACAGUUUGUCUCUAGAAUGGCGUGCCCCAACAAACCCAAACCCAAAUGACACUCUUACUUAUGUGCUAGAGAUGGAGGAAACAAAACCUCGAUUAGGUUUUACACCUAAAUACAAUGGAGAAGACCUCUCCUGCACUGUAAGAAAUCUUCAAAGAAAUACUACAUACAAGUUUCGGAUUUUUGCCUGCAAUCUUGAAGGAAGGAGCAAACCUAGUGGAGAAGUAAAAUAUACUACUCGUCCAGCUAGGCCUGGAUGCCCUACAAAGCCAUAUGUAGUGGGAACGAUCCAUGCCCGCCAAGUGACAAUUGGAUGGGACUUACCCAAAGACAAUGGUGGAAUGAACAUUUCAAGUUACAGUUUAGAAGUUUGUGAAAAUUCAGAUGGUGCCAAUCUCUGGAAAAUAAUCUACAAUGGCACUCUACUGGAAUUUCUGUAUGCUGACCUCCAACCAGACACCACAUAUAAACUUAGAGUCUUUUGCACUUCACCUGCAGGCCAAAGCCGUCCUUCAGACGAAUUGACAAUUCAGACACCUGCUCUUCCUCCCAACUCUGGCUGUUCGCAACCCUUACAUGGUAAAGCCAAGGGCAAGGAUACCAACCUUCCUGACAAUCGUGCUGUUAAUGUGAAGCCAGAAGCACUUGUGCGUGGCAAAAAAGCAAAAGGUCCUCAUCAUGACAGAAAGGAGUGCCCCAGCUCUAAAAAGAAAUGUGCAGCUGUAAAUAUAGUUGGGGUUGGAAUGUCCGGAGGAACCGCAAAAGUGACUACACCUGGAACCGUCCCAGCAAUGGUUCCAGGGUUACAAGAAGUAGAGAACAAAGUGCCUGCCAAGCUGUCAUCAACUUGCAUAGCUAUCCAGUGGGAGGAGCCAGACUGCCAUGGCUCUCAGAUCACCGGAUAUAACAUUGAAUAUGGAGAUAAAAAAAUGGUCACUGUCAAAAGAAUAACCGAGUAUGUUCUGAAAAAUCUACAACCUAAUACUACAUACAGAAUCAGAAUUCAAGCAAUCAAUCAUUAUGGACUAAGCCCUUUUAGCCCAUCAAUAAGAUGCAAAACCAAACCACUACCACCAGAGCCUCCACAGCUCAACUGUGUGGUCUAUGGACACCAGAGUCUCAGACUCAAAUGGGGCACAAUCUCCAGCAAAAAAACACUUGCCAACUUUAUCAACUACAACUUACUAAUGGAAGAUCGAUCUGGAAGAUUUUCUGUCAUUUACCGUGGGCCAGAUGUGACUCACAAAGUGCAAAAACUGAGUGAAUAUACAGAAUACAAGUUUAAAAUCCAGGCAUGUAAUGAAGCUGGUGAAGGACCAGAGUCUGACAUCUACACUUUCACUACAACAAAGUCCCCACCCACUGCACUCAAAGCACCUAAAGUACACCCACUGAAUAACAACUGCUGUGAGAUCAAAUGGGAGUCUUUGGAGCCAGUUGAAGGUGACUCCAUUGUUUACUGUCUUCAAGUCAACACGGGAAAAAAGAUUAAUCAGAUUUACAAAGGCCCGAACACUUCCUUUUCCUUUUCCAACUACCAUGCAAAUUCACGCUAUCGCUUCAAGGUCUGUGCAGGACGCCGAUAUGAAACCUCCAAUGGUCUUCAAGAGCUGUGGGGCCCAUAUAGCCCCAGUGCUCUGUUCUCAACUUACAAGCAUCACUCUGGGCACGGUAAAGGCAGUGGGGGUAGAGGAAAAAGCAACCACCAUGAGAAUGGAGCAAAGUACGUGAUAGGGUUCACACUUAUUGCUGUUUUGUGUGCUGUUGCUAUUCAGUACAUCCUGUUCAUCUAG